AUGGAGCUUUUUAUCGUAACAUUGACGGGGACUGCGUUUGAACUCCGCGUUUCCCCCAAUGAUACUGUUAUGUCAAUUAAGUCGAAGAUUCAGCGUUUUGAAGGCAUCCCUGUGGGCCAGCAGCAUUUGAUCUGGCAAAACGGUGAACUUUCUGAUCACCAGUCUUUACGAGAUUGUAGCAUCCCUGGUGGUGCUACAUUGCGCCUUGUUCUGGGUAUGAGAGGUGGUCCGAUUAGCACCUAUAGGCCACCACCUGUUGCCGCAGCGACCGCCACAAUCAGAUUUACUCCUACCGUUCACUUCGCCCCUUCUGUACAAAAUACUGCCGACCGGAGCGACGGCAACGAAGACACCCAAUCUCCCAUUCCUCAGUCAUCCCUUAUAAAUGAAAACGAUGGAAAUUCUGAAGGUCAAAAGCAAAUAACACUUUACUUUGUAAACACUAGCGAUAGGCUCGAAUUUAUGCGAGUCGUUGGUCGUCGUCAUCGCGAAGAUGCUCCCUCGAAUGAUCACUCCAAAACUUCCCUCCCCAGUUCAGAGGAAUCCACGGAGCCACCACUUCUGGCAAGCUCGAAAUCACCUGUUCCGAGCAAUCUCGUCUCUACUUCCGCCGCUGCUCAAUCACUACCAUAUCUACAAACUGAUGAGUCUGCGCUCAAUUGUGAACAAUUAGCACAACUCGCUUCAACUACCUCCGAGCCCUCUGUUCUGAAGGCAGCUGACUCACAAAAGUCCCUGGAUCGUCAGGCCUCUUCAUCUCCAACCCCCGCUACUGCUAUAAUCGCUGGGUACCUCUGCGCUGCUCAUGGUCGUGACUCCAAUGCGUACGUUUCCGACACUGACGAUUGCCUUUCUUCGGACUGUGGUGUCGGUGGAAGCGGAAGCGGUACUUACUUCCUUCGUCCACCCUCCCCUGAAUGGGAUAGUCGGGAUCUUGGUUCCUCGCCUCCCCCACCUCUACUGCAUCCCGUUUUCGAUUUCCCGUUUUUGGGUGGAGAUGACGGUGAGGAUGAUGACAGUCUGGCGGAUUUGGAGGAUUGCCUGAUCUACUAUCGAUCGGGCGAUGUGUUAUUUGGUCCUCCUUCUGCGCGCAAAAGUUCCUCCACAUCCUUCCUCCGUGGCGGUUGGAGGGGCGGAUGUGGUGACGCUGAAUCGCCGACCGUAACGCAAGCCAAGUUGGAGGAGUGUGAGUCGUUGGUAGAGAAAGUGAAAUCGAUAAAGGCUCAGCUCUUGCAGAAGAAGGAAGAACGAAUGCAGCGCAGAAUGCGUCAGCGUAAAAGUGAGGAUAAGGGAGGGGAAGCUGGGUCUAACAAACCUACUAAAGAGGGAUUGAACUCCUCUUGUGUUUUCUCUCCUGUAUACUUGGGCACACAGAACAAAUCCAUGUUCGUCAAGCGACUCAACUACUGUUCUUAUCGACGCAAGCUUUUUAACAACAUGCAAGUAGCUUUCUUCGCGUCGGCUGAAUUUUGGUACGGCGUGCUAGCGGGGCCUCUGCGUUGGUUCAACGUAUCAUGA